UUUCUUUGCGGUACGGACUGAAUGUUUAAAUGUUAUUUAGACGAGCUUCGGCUUCAGGGGUUUAAAGAGCGAUCGAUACCGUAUCAAAGUCUUCGAUUCUGUUAGUAAGACAAUUUGGAAGGACAGACGGACACGUGAGUGUGGAGAUGGCUGCUUAAUUUUAGAUUUAGUAAUGGCAGUGCAUUCAGCGCAGUGGAAGUGAGACAAUCUAUUGAGAAAGUAGACGUUUCGGUACAGUCUGUGCCUGUAAUAAAGUGAUUGGUGACGAGACGGCCGGUCAAUCUUGGACCGUGGCGCGCCUGCGUGUUUCGGCUGAUGUGCGGAUACAAACAUUUGGCCUGUUGAUAUCGUCGGAUGAUGAGAUAGAUAGAUACAUUGCUGGGAGGCUGUGGAUGUGAGGGAACAGUGGGUCAGCUCAGUGAACGUCCAGACCUGACUUCUGACUGGUACUUCACGACAUUGUCAUGCCAGGUACAAGGAAGCACAAGAAAUCUGGACAGAAGAACAGGCAUGGCCAUACGGUGGGCUCCUCUUCGGACAGGCGCUGUGGCGCAGAUGCCUUGAAAGACGGUGGUCGGCCUGAGGAAGGUAAUGAAGCACCAAGAGACAAAGAAGAACAGGAUAUCGAAGCCGGCGAUAACCUUCCUUACGUUAUCAAAACGUCUGAUGUAAUGGGCAGAUAUUUAGUGGCAUCAUGUGACUUGCGACCUGGACAACUCAUCAUGUCUGUACAUCCCCUGGUGGUGGGACCCCCACAGGGCUGCCAACCUCUGUGCCUUGGCUGCUAUAAGAAGCUUGAUCUGGACGACAAUGCAUACAGGUGCGAGGGCUGUGGUUGGCCAAUGUGUAGCCAGGGCUGCUCUGGACGGGGUAGGGAAUAUGGACACAGUGGGGCAGAGUGCCAGCUGUACGAGAGAGUGCGCCCCAAGCUGCUGGCUGCCGACAGCAACGCCCUGACGCCCCUGUACCUGGUCGUAGUGCCCCUCAGGUGUCUCCUCCUGCAACAGCACGACCCUGACAAAUGGCACUCUCUGCUCACAAUGGAGGCACAUAAUGAUAUACGCCAGAAAUUACCAGUCAUCUGGCGCAACAACCAGGAGAAUGUGGUGGACAGGAUCAGGAAGGAGUGGGGCAUGACGCAGUAUGAGGAAGACCUCAUCCAUACAAUAUGCGGCAUUCUGGAGGUGAACGCUUUUGAAGUUGGUCAAGAGGGGGUAAGUAUCAGAGCACUGUACCCCUGCGCAUUCUACAUGGCACAUGACUGCGUCCCAAAUACAGGGCACACGGAUGACAAAAAUUUCCAGUUGCGGGUUAGGGCCACCACAAAAAUCAACAAGGGAAGUUCCAUCUACCUCAGCUAUGCUUACACUCUCCAGGGUACACUGAAGAGAAGGGAUCACCUGAAGGAGAGCAAGUUCUUUGACUGCACAUGCGCUCGGUGUUCUGAUGCGACGGAGCUGGGCACGUAUGCCGGGGCACUCAAAUGCCCGCAGUGUGCCAUGGGUAUUGUCGUCUCCACAGCGCCUCUCAACCGCGACGCCGACUGGUGCUGCACCAAUGACUCAUGCACCGGUUACACUGUUCCCGCUCGCUCCGUCCGACUUCUUAUGGACAAGAUUGGUGACGAGGUCGAAGCAUUGGAUGAGAGCAGUAUUCCGACUUUGGAAGCGUUUCUAACACGCUACCAGAAUGUCCUGCACCCAAACCACUAUCACUGCCUUGGAGUGCAGCAUUCGCUGUGUCAGUUGUACGGUAAGGCACCGGGGUUUCUCAUCAACGACAUGACCGAGGCGCAGCUCCGGCACAAGCGUGACCUCUGCAGGCAGCUCCUCAAAGUUGUGGAUGUCUUAGAACCUGGAUACUCCAGACUCAGAGGUGUUCUGCUGUAUGAGCUGCAUGCUCCACUGAUGAUACUUACGACACGGGGCGUCGAGGCGCACGCUCUCGCCUAUCGCGAUCUUCGGUCAAGGCUUAAAGAGGUGGCUGCCUGUCUGGAAGAGUCCAGUAUCAUUCUCAACUUUGAACCUGAGACAUCAAAUGAAGGCAUGAUGGGACGUGCUGCCAAGGAUGCUCUGAUGCGUGUGCGAGAGUGGCAGAGGAUAAUUACAAACAGCUGAUGUGAACAGACUGUACCAGAGAUGGGAUGAACUUCAAAGUGAGGUCAUGUUCGAUCUCCAGCUUGCCUGUUUACGUACCUGAACACUUGUGAGGGAAUAACAGGAUUUCAUUUUUAAAUAUUUUUUUUUAAAAAAUACAUUGCACAAUUUUCCAACAUUCAUGUCACCAUAAAUUAACCACUGGAAUGUGUAUCAAACUUUUACUCAUAAUACUAUCAUUGAUCAAACAUUCUAUAAAUGAAAGAUUAAUGGUUCAUGUGUUUAACCUGAUAUCUGCACUGGGUCUUUGCAACAAAUAUUCUGUUUAAUAUUUCGUGGGCAUUCGUCCCCGAGUAUAAAGUGUCUGGAUUUUUAAGUUGACCAGGAACUUACAUCUAGUGCUAAUGAUCAGAGUGCAUGCAUGUAUUUUAUCUCCACAGUAUUAUACACCCUCAUACCCUGUCCAGAAACUGAUAAUCUUCAAAUUUCCAAGCAUCUUUAGGUCCUCUGGGUAAUCAUUUCAUUCGCUUAUAGUACUGAAUUUAUGUAUAUUAAAACUGGAAUUAAAAGAACUAAAGUUAUCAGUUUUGUAUGUACAAAUAGCUAGAAUAUAUUCACACACAAGAGAGAGACUCAUUUUUAUGUAAUCCUAAUAUUAGUCUUAUUACGCUCUCUUAUAUAAUUAAUACCUUGCCACUGUAUAAUGAAUUGUCUCAAAAUAUUGUACAAUAAUAUGGGAUGAAAAUAUGUAAACUAUACUGUUCUGAGGAGAUCAAUAUUUGUUAGAAAUAUUAGUGAUCUUAUUGUGAAACAUGUAGAAUUUAGUUUUGGUAAAAUCAUUUCUGUAUAUCUUUUCCAUUUUAAAUGAUAAUCUACUUGAAGACCAAGGAAUUUAAUUAUUCAGUUGUUCUGUCCUCAAGAAUAUUUAAUUUUCAUACUGAAUAUUAAGGCUGCGUUAUGGUAUUGAUUUUAAAAUUUACUAGGUUUGUUUUGUCAAAAUUUAGAGGAAGUUUGUCAUAAACAAUUUCUUCAAAGUCAUAGAAGUCUUAUUUGCUCAUAACUCUAAUUUAUUAAUUAAUUUUGUUUAAUAUAAUUCCUGUAUCAUAUGCAUAAAGUAUAGGUACAGAAUCUGAGUUCAUUAGGAGGCAAAGUCACUAAUAUACAGUACAAUGAGAAGUGGACGUAAAAUGGAACACCAUGUUGUAUUUUUCCCCAGAAUGAAUAUACAGAAUUAUGACUCCAGCCAUGAAAA